AAUUCUUCACGCCAGUUCCCAGCUAUGGCUUCGUCUUGCCGGAGUAUCCGCGGUGGAUCCCGCGCGCUGCACGCAACCUCAACCCUGCUCAUCAGGCGCUGUCCGCGCUCCACUACCGCUGCUCCGGUUCUUGGUGCAGCCUCCGCCGAAACUGGACCAUCGUCCUCCCGAUCUGCAGCCCCGGCCCUCGCCGCCUCGCGAGAUGCCCACCGCCCCAAGCAGUUGCCCCCGCCGCCAGCCGUGGACUUUGCCGACACGCGGGUGGCUUUCCGCAGCAAGACCAGCGGCGAGCUGGCCCGCGGGCUCCUGGUGCUGGGGCUCUGCUCCGUGGAUCUGCUGGUGGAGCGCGCCCAGCAGCUGAUGACCCUCAGCCAGAAAGUGCUGGGGCAACGGCUCUUUGAGAAUCUGAUGAAAAUGACCUUCUAUGGGCAGUUUGUGGCCGGGGAGGAUCAAGAAACCAUUAAGGCUCUUAUCCAGCACAACCAUUCAUAUGGCGUGGGCACAGUGCUGGAUUACAGCGUGGAGGAGGACCUAACCACAGAGGAGGCAAAGAAGAAGGAACCGAGCUCAUGUACCUCUUCAUUUGAAAAGGAGACGAGCAAGCAGAGAGAAACGCAAUACAGUUCGGAUCACAGGUUUGACAGUCGACGGGCCGGUGUCAGCAGUAACCAUACUUAUUUCUAUGCGGAUGAAGCUAAGUGUGACCAGCACAUGGACACCUUUCUGCAGUGCAUAGAAACCUCAGCUGGCAGUUCAGAAGAUGACUUCUCAGCCAUCAAACUGACUGCAUUGGGGAGGCCUCAGUUCUUGCUGCAGUUCUCGGACAUGUUGGUGAAGUGGCAGAGGUUCUUCUACCAGAUGGCUGCAGAGCAAGGCAUGGGGGGUCUCACAGCCCUGGAGACAAAGCUGGAGGUGAAGAAACUUCAGGAGGCUCUGGCCAAGCUGGGAGUCGCCACCAAGACAGAGAGCCAGCACUGGUUCACUGAUGAGAAGCUGCGCGAGUCUGGAACAGUGGACUUGCUAGACUGGAACAACUUGAUCGAUGCUCAAGCUAACCUUUCCAAACAGCUGCUCGUUCCAAACAUGAAGACAGGGCAACUUGAGCCACUGCGGUCUUCCUUCACAGAGGAGGAGGAGAUGCAAAUGAAACGGCUGCUGCAGAGGAUUGAUGUCCUGGCUAAGAAAGCUACAGAGAUGGGUGUGAGGUUGAUGGUGGAUGCAGAACAGAGCUACUUCCAGCCAGCCAUCAGGCGCCUCGCCCUGGAGGUGCAGCGCAAGUUCAACCAGCAGAGAGUGGCCAUCUUCAACACAUACCAAUGCUACCUGAAGGAAGCAUAUGAUAAUGUGACCGUGGAUGUGGAGCUCUCACGUCGGGAAGGCUGGCACUUAGGAGCCAAACUGGUGAGGGGUGCCUACAUGGAUCAGGAGCGCAGCAGGGCAGCCGAAAUGGGCUAUGAGGACCCCAUCAACCCAACUUACCAGAAGACCAGUGAAAUGUACCACAGAUGCCUGGACUACAUCCUUGAGGAGAUCAAGCACCACAAGAAGGCCAGCGUGAUGGUGGCCUCCCACAACGAAGAUACAGUGAAGUUCGCAAUUCGCAGGAUGGCGGAAGUCGGCAUCCAUCCUUCUGAGAACAAGAUCUGCUUUGGGCAGCUCCUAGGCAUGUGUGACCAAAUUACCUUCCCUCUGGGCCAAGCUGGCUUCCCAGUCUACAAAUACGUUCCCUAUGGGGCUGUGAACGAAGUGCUCCCUUACCUGUCCAGGAGAGCCCAGGAAAACCGAGGCUUCAUGAAGCGAGCCAAGCAGGAGCAGCAUCUCCUGUGGGCUGAGCUCAAGAGGCGGCUGUUCUCAGGCAACCUUUUCUAUAGUCCAAGUCCACCCUAGACUUGCCUUUGAGCACCAGCUUCUAGGGUAAAGUAGAACUUCUUGACCGCCUAUUGAGGAGAGCUGACAACCAUGGCUGGGGCUACUGGUGGUAUCCAAGUCAUAGCGCUUUCUACACUGGCACUUGUGCAUACAGUGCCCUCGGAGGAUCUUUUUAUCUUCUGACCUGCUUCCUGCCACUUGAGACCAUGUAUGUUUUUGUGUCAAGUGGAGUUUGUUGUAAUAGUGUACUGAAGUUUUGCCUGUAGGAACACACUGAAGUUUGGUUUAGACUUGUCACUGUCUAGGACUCGGCCAUCUCCAUCCUACAUAAAAAUGAUUUAACAGAAGCUUUGGGGGCUGCCAGUGAAUGCAACAGGAGAAGAAUUCUGCUUACAGCAGGGGUACUGGAGGGCCCUGGCUGGGAGCAUGUAGUGGAAGCAAACCUCAAAAGGGCCAUGGAUGUGUGAGAGAAGGAAGAUCAUGGACCUUCUUCCUAAGUGAUAGGGAAGACCCAAGCCACUGCCUACAGUGGUUUGAACCCCUAUUAGCUGUGUACUUCAUUUGGAAUGCAAUGUUCAAGCACUUUGUAACUUGCUUAUGAAACAAAUAAAGUUUUUAAACGGUCA